AUGGAAAUAGUACUGAUCACAUUCGUGGUGUUUGUGCUCGUCUUACUACUCGCGAUCUUCAUCCUAUUAGGCGCCAGCUUUAGGACUCCACGAGGAGCUCAGGAUACCGAGAAUGGGCAGCGACAGACCCCCUGGACUGCAUCUUACCCGACAGAUCAGGGCGACGGAGCGUAUUGUGACAACGAAGCUUCAUUCAUCAAGAAUGUACGAAGACGAAGCCAUUCUUUGGCCGAGGAGCUCCGACUAGAGUUGGUCAAUCUCAGACGCAACCUGUCUUUGUUGACAAUCCCCUCCAGAAGCCGGAUGGAAAACACAGACACAAGUGGAACGCAAAGGUUGAGCAUCGACCAAUUACUGAGUAGUUUCCCCUCGAAUAGCUCGGAAUUAGUUACAGAUUAUGAGAGCUGUUACGACUACUUGGAAUCUCCAGUGUCCGCAACAGGUAGGGAAGAGGAUGCCACUGGGACACAGAGAAGGCUGGUUCAAUCAGCGGGAAAUACAAUGAGAUAUGACGGAGUUCAACAGUGGGACGACCCCCGCUGUGAUUGA